AGAAACUCAGAGAAGCCCUCUGCUCCCCGACUUUCAAGUUUUCCAGACCACACCUAUGCCGAAGGGAGCGAAAUUGAUGGACGAGAUGGAUUUAGAAGCAGGAUCCAAUUGGAAACACCAAUAACAACUGCAAGCUUCUUGGAGGCAAGAAUCAGGUCUACUAAGUCUCUCUCUCUCUCAAGCCCUAAGAAGAGUGUUCUGCACUAGAAGUCCAAUCUUCUCCUGGGGCUUUGGAGAGAUUCCCUCCCAGAUCAUCACCAGGAACAAUAUGGAGGAGUGCGAGAUUUGCUGCAUCUGCCUACAACUCCUCGGAAGCUGCGUCUCUGUUCUCUGUGAAAGCAACCUCUGUUGCACCUGCUUCACUGCUUGCUAUGCCCUGGGGAGCCUGGUCACCGAACAGUUGGGAAAGUGCUGCUGCCCCAAGGGCCGGAGGCCGUGCCAGCAGGACCAAUCUAUGCCGGACAGUCAACUCCAAAGUCCGACCGGGGAGGUGAUGUCCCACCAGCUGGAGCCGCUGAUGCUUUCCCAGGAGGAAAAGGUCAGGGGCACUGGAGAGUUCCCCUGAUGGGCAGAGGCACUGGGCCUCUGACUCCAAUUCCCAGGGUCUCAUGCCAGGACAGGGAGGUCAAAGGGGUGAAUGGGAAAUUCUGGGUGGGGUCUCUAAAGGGAAGACUUCUGGGUCUGCUCCAAGGGAAUAGGGAGAGAGUGGGGAUCCAGGGCUGAGAAGGGUUGAUUAGGGAAACCAGGCCAUUGGGGGAAAUGGCCCUUGCUCUUCCCAUCUCAGGAUGACUCUGAGAUGGAGCCCAGGGCACUGCAGCUGGUGAAGUGCUGCCCCUCAGAGAGCCCCAUCCUGGACAUUCCCUCUCUGAAUUACUGCUUGAGGAACUCCAAGGUUGGGGACACCCCUGUCUGCCUUAUCACCAUCCUGGGGGAGCAGCGCACAGGGAAGUCCUUCCUUCUCAACCAGAUGCUCCUGGCACUCAAGGCGAUGGAAUCUGGCCAGGACAGCUGGAGGCCACAAGGAGGGGAAGACCUACAGGGCUUCGAGUGGGGUGGGGGAAGUGACGCCAUCACAAGGGGUGUGUGGAUAUGGAGUCACCCAUUCCUGCUGGAGAAGAAAGGGGAGAAGGUGGCUGUGUUCCUGCUGGACACCGAGGGAUUCAUGGCCCCGGACCAAAGCAAGGAGAACACUGUCAAGCUGUUGGCUCUCACCACGCUACUUAGCUCUCACCAGAUCCUCAGUGUCUCCAAAAGGCUGAAAGAGCCAGAUCUGGAGUAUCUCGAGAUGUUUCUCCAUGUUGCUGAGACAAUUGGAAAGCACUGUGAGAUGGAAGCAGUUCAGGUGAGAUGCUCCCCACCUCCUCUGGCUGCCAUCUUCCACGACCCUUCCCCACCAUCACCAAUUAGGUGCUCUGCCCCCUCACAGUUCCCUCUUCUCCCCCUAGCACUUAGAUCUCUUAAGGGAAAAGGGGAGGUCACCCUAGUGGCGAGGAGGAUGCAUCGUAUACACUGUCCAUCCAUUCCAUCUCUCCAGAAAGAGUUUUACAGACACCCCAAAGUCCAGGAGACACUACGAGGAAGCCAGACCCGUUAUUAUCUCCUGCCCUUCCCGGGGAAGAAGAUGAUGACCAAAGUUGGGGGAAACACUGCUGGUAACACCCUCCCAGGGCCCAGAUGCCAUGACAUCCUGACCCAAACCCUAAUCCACCCCCCGACCCCACCAUUCUCCAAUCCCACCCCGUUUCCCCGACCAGAUCCCAUUUUCCCCUCAGAAACCAGCACACCCCGCCUCAGGAGAACCCCGCUCUCUCAGCCAGGACCCGGUCUGGCUAUCCAGGUGUUCACAUGUCUCUCUCCCCCAGACAUGGAUGCUGAAUUCUGCAGUUAUCUGGAGACCUACGUCACGGAUGUGCUGGCCUCAGCUAUCCAUCACACGAAAAGAAGCCAGAAAGGCCUGCUCACUGGAAGCCAGUUAGCUACUGUGAUUGAGGAACUCUACAACUUAAUGAAGCAUGAGAAGUCUGGGUUCUCCUCCCCUGAUGAGAUGGCCACUUAUCUCCACAAGUGGAAGCUGCAAAAGGACAAGAAUGAGAAAUUUAAGGAAGUUUUGGAGGAGGAGAAUGAGAUCACCAAGCCACUAUUCUCCGCCUUCCAUGUCAGUCAAAACAACACGCAGGGACUUCUAGCCGAAGAAAAGGAUUGUUUCUCGGACUCCUGCUCUGAGGCCUACAGAGGACAGGACCAAAGCCGGGCCACGGAGACCUUGAAGGAGGCCUUCCGGGCCGAGGAGGCAUUCUCGUCAGACUAUUGCAAACAUUUCUGUGGGCUCACGGCUGCCGGGGACAAAGUUGCGGGGACUGGGGUGUUGACUCCAGUAGGAGGGGAGGUGGGACCUGACACAGCAACAGCUGUUAUGGCAGCAGAGGCAACUGAGCUGCUGGCUGCAGAGACUGGGGUGAGGAUUGUGGUGGGGGUUGAGGAGGGCCACAGCAAUGGGAAGGCGGUGCAGAAGAGUGAAGAGGAUACGGCACCUCUUCUCCAAGGUGAGAAAUGAGCUCUGGAAAUCAGCCACCAGAGAACGCUGGGAGCCUGGAGGUAGGUGAGAAGCUUGACCUCAAAU